UCGGGGUUUCGUUUGUUCCCUCCUCCGCCUUUUCGCCUAUAAAAGCGCAGAGUUUCUUUUCAGGGCAGAUAAACUCAAUCUGCCCUUCACGAGGUAUGGACUCAAAGGAUGCGCGAGAGUGUUUAGAGAGCGGCGAUAGCGCGCGCUGUCGCUGUGGCAACGGGUGGAGGAAAGCGCUCGCGUUGUUCGUCAUCCAGGGUUUAUUAACAGCCGCUUGUGCAGCCCUCAGCAUCAGCAUCUAUCUCAGCCAGCAGCCUGAAGCCACCGUAAAGCAGGACACAGGGAUAUACAUGAGCAGUCUCGAUUUAGAUGAAGAUGAGCCCAGAUUCGAGAUCAUCUGGAACAAGGCAGUGGAUCUGUACGAAGGGAAGAAGAUGAAGCUGCCCUGUGGAGGACCGUACAUGGUCUAUCUGUGGGCUUGUAUGAAAAGCUUAAAAACAAAUGAUGUGGUUGCCAACCUGACAAUAGAAACAGGGAAUAAAUCGUUCCACCUGCAGACCCUACAGCCCAACGAGUGCAAGGAAGUGCAGAAAGUGAUCAUGCUGUCUGACAAAAACAAUGUCACGAUGAAAGUCGGACGUGUCAAAGGCACCAUCAAAAUUACUGAGCUCCUCUUUGGCCUGCACUACAUGCUGGGAUCCCAGUGCUUCCCUAACCCACUUGAUGAUGAAAGCUACAAUCGUGUCUCAACUGGAUAAGAAGCUUUUUAGGUGCUCGUCCUUCAGAAGAGCCGUUAGUGAUGAAACUACGGCAUGACCAUCAGUUUUGAAAUCUCUCGCUUCACCCAGUUUGAAAUAUUAGGACGAUGCCAUAGUCAAAACUCGUCCUGGACCAAAAGUGUAAUCGUGAAGCUAACAUUUGGAGAGCUGCGAAUAUGCUUUUUCCAUAGAGGAAAACUCUCUGUUAUUUUGCCACACUAUAUUAUAGCUUCCAGGCUCUUCAAGACGGACUAUUUGGCAAACACCUACAGCAAGUGGAAGUGGGCGAUGACGUGGUAUUAACUGCAAUUGCACUAUGGCAGCUCAAAAAGAGCGUUCCUCACCACAACCUGGAUUAGUGGUGGUUCCAUAAGCUCUACGAAUGUUUUGAGAUUCUGUGGUUGGAAAGCGAAAGGAAGGCUUUUAACCGAAGUUAAACCAGUUGCAGAUCGUUUUGAAGCUUCUGAUAUAGCACUGUACUUUGAGAAGGAUUAAUUAGAAUGUCCUCAAAUAUUGUCCUGAUUCAGCUUUUAAAUACUGACAGCAAUAAUGUUCUCAAUGAUUGUCAUUAUCAUUAUAUUUAUUGGAAGACCCCCACCCCCCGCCUGUUGUUUUUUUUUAUUUUUUAUGAUAUUUAACUGUCUAAAGCAGUUUAAUUAUGUAAACUGUUUAUGAUUGAAUGUUCGAUGCUUUAUUUAAAUCAGAGUUAUUGAAUAAUCUAAGGAUUGAAUCCACACUGUCAGAACUUUAAAUGUUCCGGUAGUGCACUUUCCCUUUAAGAGCACAUGUCAGAAAAUGUAUUUAUUGAAAUGAAAGGUUUUUUUUUUUUGUAUUAUUAUUUAAUCAAACAUCUUGAUUGUGAACUAAAGCACUAAAAACCUCAAAAGCAAAAACCAAACAAUCUUCCACAAAUUCAGACAAGUUUUUAGUUUAUUUGGUUUUAUCGUCAGUGCAAUGUGUUUGUGUGUAUCGAACAUGACCCUAAACGUCUUACUUGCUCAGUCAAACCUCUGCUGCAAUUUCUCUAGUGAUAUUUUAUUUAUACAGCAAGGUUUGCACUUCUAUUGUAUAGCUAUUAUACACCAUCAAU